AUGCCACUCAGUAAACAUUUCUGCUCAGUGGGCCUCGGGAUGAAGCUGGCAUCUUUGAUGUCAGCUCCUGAGGUUCACGAUGUAACAACAAUGGAUCGACUCACCAGCUCGGGACUUAUUCGCUUGAUUUUGCAGGAAUCUUCACCUGCCAACAGUGACGAGCUUGGCCAUGUAUUAUCACUAAUUUUCAAGUCCUGUACGACUGAAGUUUUCAGAGCAAAGGAUCUCAAAGUUCUGUUGAAGAAAAUCCACCCUGAUACCAGGAUCGAAGCAUUUCAGCACAUUGAAGAUGAAGCAACCCUCGUACCACUCUAUGACACGCACACAUGUCAUUGGAACUGGCCACUCCCAGAGUCACAUUCAGAUAAACUCGCUGCCAGUGGGGAGAGAAGUAAUCAGGCAAGAGAGAACAAUAGCAUGGACCAGGGAGAGAGGGAAGGAGAAAAUAGUGGUGCCACGGAUCAGAGGUCGGGAGAAUGGGUUAUUGUAGAUGACACUGGUGCACCCACUGCCUCUGAGUCACAGGUUGAGAGUCUUAGCCAGCCUGAGGACAACAUAAUGUCAACAAAUGCCAGCUCUGCCAGUAGUGACAAAGCCCCGGUGCUCCAUGAAAUCGACCGCGAUUCUACAAAACCAUGGACGACCGAACAGGUUUUUGCAUCCUUCAAUAACCUUCUUACCUUUGCCCUCCUCCUGCAGAAGCCUGCACUCGCUCAGAAGCAUAACUUAUCUCGUAUCUGGAACACAUCGAACUCCUCGUCUGCAAUACAUGGUGAUGAAAUCGUGCACAAACCAGACCUCACCCUGCUCGAUGAUAUCGAGGCUAGAUGGGAUACAAUCAAGGCCAUAUGUGAGCUAACUUCAAGUGCCUACUUACCUUCACAUCCCCUUGCCAAAACUCUCAACACCAAGGCUUACCUGCUUCUCAAACACCAACUGUGGAGACGCUUCGCACUGUUGGUCUCCAUUUGCAAUGGGUAUCGCGAGCUUUGCGUCCAUCUAUAUGACCACUCGGGCGGAGUUACUGCUGAAGUGAUCCCAGAUGCACUGAUCAUGGAGAGUGAGACCACUGAGAUCGAAGAUAUUGUGAGCGAGCCCCCACAUACCAUAGAGGACAUGGUGCCCAACCCUGCAGCCAACAUCCCUCCAAACCUGGUUCCCCUCAUAGACGAAGUCCCUAGUGAUUCUUUGAGUGGACUCCUCCCAGAGCCGAUAGGAAUGUGCUAUCUGGCAAGAAAGGAUGAGGAAGAGUAUAUCGUCAAGGAUCACUGGGUCCUCGGGAGUAAAUCAGAGGUCCUGAAUGAAAUUCGUAUGAUGGAGAAAAUGGAUGGGAUCUGUGGUGUUCCUCCCCUUGUCGAAUAUUGGCUUGUGGAGAUGGAACCCGGUAUAACACUUGGGUUGGUGUUGGGGGCACAUACAUCGAAAACCCUUGCUAAUAUGUAUAGAUAUGCACCUUGUGCACUAUUACAAUUUUUGCCUAUGCAGAUUCCGGACUUUCACGUUGUAGGAUAUAUUCUGGCUCGCUAG